AUUGCCUCAUCCCUUUAAUAUAUUCAGAAGUUCCCACUUCAUCAUUAUUGACAAGUGCUGUACUCCUAACCGAAAAUGAAAGCAAAAUCACUGCUGCUGUUGGUGCUCGAUACGGGAUCGGAGUUUUUAACUCAACACCAUUGUUAAUGGUGUACGGAGAAACCACCCAAUUUCCACUUUUGAGAUAAAACCCGAAUUCGAUUGUAAACAAACGGGGUUUCAAUCCAUUUGACCCACAAAGCCGUACCUUCCCUAAUUGCUGCUCCAUUAUUCUUUCUGGGUUUCUUUCCUUGGUUCGUUUUCAUUUACUUCCUUUAAUUUUACUUUACUCUUUUGAAUCUCAAGUGUGUAGAGUGUACUAAGUUGGGGAAAGGAGGGAAAUGCCGAUGAAGAACAGAGGAGGCGGCGAGUUUGCUUCAAGAAAUGCAUUCUCUAGGAGUUGGGUUCUUCUCCUAUGUCUUGGGAGCUUUUGCGCUGGAAUGUUCUUCACUAACAGAAUGUGGAUGGUUCCAGAAGGUAAAGGAACUUCAAAAACUUUUAGGGUUGCUGAUGCUCAAAGGACGAUAAAAUCUGAGGAGUGUAAUCCAGAACGUAAUGCAUACAAUGCAGGCAUAAGUCAGAAUUCAAGGACACAGCUGAGUAUCCAGGAACUGAAUCACACGAUUGCAGAUUUGGAAAGGAAAUUGGCAGCUGCCUUAGAAGAUAACGAAUCUGCUUCAAAUGGAUCUCUCACAUUGGACAAUUCAAAGACUAAUGAUUCAACUUCAAAGAGACAAAAAUACUUUAUGGUUAUAGGAAUUAAUACAGCUUUUAACAGUCGGAAGCGAAGAGACUCGAUUCGCAGCACUUGGAUGCCACAAGGUGGAAAUAGAAAGAAGCUGGAGGAAGAGAUGGGCAUAAUCAUACGUUUUGUUAUAGGACAUAGUUCAACAUCCGGUGGCAUUCUUGAUAAAACUGUUGCUGCAGAGGAGCUUACUAAUAAAGAUUUCUUGAGACUGAAUCAUGUCGAAGGCUAUCUAGAACUGUCAGGCAAGACAAAAACUUAUUUUGCCACUGCUGUUGCGAUGUGGGAUGCUGAGUUUUAUAUUAAAGUCGAUGACGAUGUCCAUGUCAACUUAGCUACUCUCGGAUCAAUUUUAGCUGCACAUCGAAUGAAGCCUCGGGUUUAUAUUGGUUGCAUGAAGUCUGGACCUGUCCUUGCACAAAAGGGAGUAAAGUACCAUGAACCAGAGCAUUGGAUAUUUGGUGGAGAAAGAAACAAGUACUUUCGUCAUGCCACGGGGCAGCUUUAUGCAAUUUCAAGGGAAUUAGCAAAGUAUAUACUAAAGAAUCAAGAUGUGCUGCACAAAUAUGCUAACGAAGACGUCUCAUUGGGAUCUUGGUUGAUUGGUUUAGAUGUGGAGCAUGUGGACGACAAGAAACUAUGCUGCGGUACCCCACCCGAUUGCGAGGUGAAGGGUCAGAGUGGACAUCCAUGCGCGGCUUCAUUUGACUGGAAAUGCAGUGGGAUUUGUGAGUCUGUAGAAAGGAUAACGGAAGUUCACAGGCGUUGUGGGGAAGAUGAGAAUGCAGUGUGGAGCAGAAGGUUUUGAGAGAAUCAUUGCUUUUCAAAGUGAGAGAAGGAGAGAUAAGAGAGAAACGAAGCACACGCAAAUGAUGAAAUGAUAUGAAAUGAUACACAUUUGAGAUUUCCUACAUGUCGUCCAGGACACAGUUGUUGAUGCCACCCAGAAACACAAAAAAGACGGAAGCUUAAAGACUGUGCUGAAACUUCUUUAAACAUUGCAGCCUCUCUCUUUUUUCAUUAUAUGGUAAAGAUAUGAUUAUACAGAAAAGAAACAAGGAAAAUAAUCAAACUGUGAUGUCCUUGUCACUGCUCUCUCUUUCUCUCUUACGUGUUCUUCAUUCAAA